UGUCGAUAAAGUAGAAACACGAGCAAAAUCCUAAGAUUCCGAAUGGUAACGUUUAUAUAGCGACACCCACGGGUGUGGCUUGGUACUAGAUAGAAAGCGCCAAUUGUAUGCAGUGAAUGUAAGGAUGUGCUCUCCAAUGGAUACUCCAGGCUCACAGGCUCUUGAAGCUGCUAGAAAUAUGAAGGAUUUGGCUGUAUUCAAAAAACCUGUUGGUGUUGCUAAACGAAGUAAAAUUUAUCGUCCAAAAAUCCUCGAUGAAGAUAGUUACAUAGAGAAGAUGGGAGAAAUUAUUCAGAGAGAUUUUUUUCCUCACUUGGAAAAACUCAAAGCACAGAAUGAUUAUUUGGAUGCAUUAGAACAGAAUAAUAUUAAGCGAAUGAGAGAGCUAUAUGAAAAAUACAGUUCAGGUCGUCCUGUCACCGAAAGACCAGCUAGUCCAGCUACCUUUGAGACUCCACUUCAUACUAAUGAAGCGGAUAGAAAUGCACUUCUUCUAGAGACAACGCCAAAAGAUCCACGAAUGGAUUCAACAAAACAUAAUACGAAAACGGAGCAUAAAAUUGGCUUAGAUACUUACCUGAGUUCCCAUACAAGUGAGGAUAAUGCCAGUUUUGAAGAAAUGAUGGUAGAAGCGGAGAAGAAGCACAAACUAAAGUAUGCCUGGCUUUAUGAGACAGAAGAAAAAUCCAAAUUACUUGCAAUUGAGAGAAACACAGAAGCACCUUUGGCAAUCCAAGCUGGCGAUAACAAACCACUAGAGUUGGACAGUUGGUCUUAUAGAAACAAAAAUUAUAUAAUGUAUGUACCAGAUGGGGUAGAGUUAACACCAGAGGAACAAGUUGAGAUGGCCAAAAGAAAACAGGAGGUUUUGCAUGAGAAUACAAGGUUAAAAAUAAAUCCAUUCAAUGAACAACAGAACAAGGAAACCAUAACCGAGCUGGCCAAAACCCAAUCGAAAGUGAAUGAUGGCAAAAUCGGUGUAGACGGUAAGGAGGUUAUCAGGAAUCCAACCCCACGAGUAAAUGGAUUCAGCUUUGUGGCUACUCCAAGCCCCAGACCUGGUGAAUGUGAAAGUCCUCUAAUGACCUGGGGUCAAAUUGAGGGUACUCCGUUCAGAUUGGAUGGUGGCGACACACCUUUAUUUAGAACCAGCCAGGGUCCUUCAUUCAGAAUGGCUGAACCACCUAAACGUGAACAGAUUGCUCUCCAAUUGGCAGAAAAGGCUGGUGAACGACACAGGGACAGAAAAAACAAAGCAUUGGAAGCUGCCAGAAGAUCUUUGGCAACACCAUCGCCCAGGUCGUUAUCAACAAUAGAACGCCUAAAUACAAUGUCACCUGCUGCACGACGCUUGGCCACGCAAAAAUUAAAGAUAGUAGGAACGCCAACUCCACGAAGGAUGCUAUCAUCAAGAACACCUUCUGUACGAAUUAGAACGCCCAACACCCCUAGAGCUCAUACUCCUGUAUCCGGUACCGGAAGCGUCACUUCUGAAAACAAUCUUAUCCACGAUCCCGUUCUUACCGACAAUUUGCUUAAUUUACCACCGCAACGACAGAGAGCCGCGGAUUUCUUUAAUAAGUAAACAAUAAUACUAAAUGCUUAUUUUAUUGUACAUAUUGAACAUAAUUCAGAGAAGGAGGAACAUCUAAUAUCGCAUUGUCACAAUUUUAUACUCAGGACGCAGAUUCGCGUAGUUGCGUGCUAUUGUGAAAUAAAAUCGUUAUACUAGCCAACUGGCGUUCAUAUUUCUGUUUUUGUUUUUAUUGUUGCCCUGAUGCAGAUUAACUGCUAUAAAGUUUAGAGUUACCAUUGUCUGCUUCAGACAGCCGGUAGCAAUUAAGUUUAAGAUUUCUCAAUGCAAUAUGGCGUCGAAAAUGUCACGUAAGUCGUACCCGUUCCCCAAGCAAAAUCACAGAAAGAUGUACACAAUGACAGUGAGUAUCACGCAAGCCAUGAAAGCGGUCUUCCUGGCAAUCUUGCUUCUGGUGGUACAGGACAGUCAUUCAAUUCGGUUGGGACUCAUGAAUGGAAAUGUCAAAUACAAGGGAGCGCAGGUUCGCGUUGGAGACGUUGUUACAAAUCUAGCCCUGGUUGUCAAUGUCUACACGCAGCCACAAGAUACAAUGCAUAGCGAACCAAGUAUAUUACAAGGAAAACAGAUGCCAAAAUCUAAAUGUAAAUGUAAAUUUAAAUUUUCCUGAGAUAUGAAAUGAAUAAAUAAAUGUGUGAAGGAGAAAA